AUGGACGCAAGUGAAGCUCUGAACCUCUACGAUUCCUACUGGUUCGAGAUGGAGAUAUUGACGGACCGGUCAACGACCUCUUCCCCUUCGCCGCCGGAUUCCCCGCCGGAGACCCCGACUAUGGCCAGCAUCUAUAUGCAGAUCCAGAAGCAACAAGCUCCCCCUCCGCCGAUUCUCAGAUCCGUGAGCGAGGAUCUGUACACGAAGCCGAGCUUCCACAACAUCCCGGCCUCGCCGGAUUCCGUCCUCACUUCCCAGCUCCGCACAAUCCUCUCCGGCAAAGAAGCCACCGGCCCGCGUCGCAGAAAGGUACCUCGCGCCGCCUCCGGUUCCAAUUCGCCGCCCAAGGCGCGCAGAGCGGCGAAGAAAGGGCCGGCGAGCAAGAGCCUGUCGUCGCUGGAGUUCGAAGAGGUGAAGGGGUUUAUGGAUUUAGGGUUUGUGUUCUCUGAGGAAGAUAAGGACUCCAGGUUGGCUUCGAUUCUCCCCGGGCUGCAGAGGCUGGGGAAGAAGGUCGACGGAGAAGUGGACGAAUCGGCGAUUCCGCGGCCGUACUUGUCGGAAGCCUGGGCGGCUCGAGAGGCGGAGAAAUUGAGGAAUCCGGUGACGAAUUGGCGGGUUCCGGCGAUGGGAUUGGGGAGCGAGAUGGAUAUGAAAGAUAGCUUGAGAUUGUGGGCGCAUACUGUUGCAUCUACUGUUAGAUAA